ACACACACACACUCACUGUACGCUCGCACUGUACACACACCCGCACUGUACACUCGCGCACACAAGCUGCACAGGCAAGCGCGAGCCGGGAGAGGGGGGAAGAAGGGGGGGAAAGGCCCCCCCACUACCCCGGGCUGUGGGGCGGCACAAAGAGAGGAGCAGCAGCUUCCUCGCUCGCUCGCUCCCCCUCCUCUCCUGUUGGUCCACCUUUGUCAGCGCGGCGGCUCUGCCUGCUUCCCCCGCCCGCGCCAGGGUCGGCGCUGGGCGCCGCCGCGGAGGACAUGCCUUUCGCCUGCUAGGGUAGCCGGGGAGGAAGCUCCCGGGAUCCGGUCAGGCAGGCGCGCGAGCCGGGAGGCAGCGCACGGAGCGCGCGGACCGCCGCCGCCGCCGCCGCCGCUCGUGCUCCGCGGGCGCCCCGCGACCAGCUCGGCUCGCGCCUCCCGCUCCGGCUCCCGCUCCUGCCCCCUCCCCCAGGAACCCUUUGGAUUUCCCCCUUCCCCCCGCCCACCUCGCCCGGGAGUGGGGGGCGGGGGGGCGGGGGCCGCCGUGACACGGACGGUCCUCGGGGCUCCCUCCGUCCCUCCCUCCUCCUCCCCCGGGAGGUGGCGGUGAGGAGGAGGAGGAGGAGGAGGACCGGGAGGACCAGCUAUGGAUCUGACCAGCAGCUCCGGCGGGGCGGGCGAUCCCCGCCAGAUCGAGGAGACCAAGCCGCUGCUGGGCGGCGAGAUGUCCUCGGUGGAGGGCGGUAAGCUGGGAGCCGUGCCCUGCCGGAGGGCCUUGCUGCUCUGCAACGGGAUGAGGUACAAACUGCUCCAGGAAGGGGACAUUCAGGUGUGUGUCAUUCGGCACCCCAGGACAUUCCUCAGCAAGAUCCUCACCUCCAAAUUUCUGAGGCGUUGGGAGCCUCACCACUUGACCCUGGCGGAUAACAGCCUGGCAUCGGCAACGCCCACUGGGUACAUGGAAAACUCUGUUUCCUACAGUGCUAUUGAAGAUGUUCAGCUGCUGUCCUGGGAGAAUGCCCCUAAGUACUGUUUACAGCUCACAAUUCCUGGGGGCACAGUCUUACUGCAGGCUGCAAACAGCUAUCUGAGAGACCAGUGGUUUCACUCUUUGCAGUGGAAGAAAAAAAUUUACAAAUACAAGAAAGUCCUGAGCAAUCCAAGUCGCUGGGAAGUCGUCUUGAAGGAGAUCCGGACUCUGGUAGACAUGGCCCUGACAUCUCCACUGCAGGAUGACUCUAUCCACCAGGCUCCACUGGAGAUAGUCUCCAAACUGCUCUCUGAGAAUACUAACUUGACCACUCAAGAGCAUGAAAACAUUAUUGUGGCAAUUGCUCCUUUGCUGGAAAACAAUCACCCCCCGCCUGACCUCUGUGAAUUUUUCUGCAAGCACUGCAGAGAACGCCCUCGAUCCAUGGUGGUCAUAGAAGUGUUCACACCGGUGGUUCAGAGAAUCCUCAAACACAACAUGGAUUUUGGGAAGUGCCCCCGGCUGAGGCUCUUUACUCAGGAGUAUAUUCUUGCCUUGAAUGAGCUGAAUGCCGGCAUGGAGGUGGUGAAGAAGUUUAUUCACAGCAUGCAUGGCCCCACAGGGCAGUGCCCCCACCCCCGGGUCCUGCCCAACCUGGUCGCAGUCUGCCUUGCUGCCAUCUACUCCUGCUACGAAGAGUUCAUCAACAGCCGAGACAACUCUCCCAGCCUGAAGGAAAUCCGCAACGGCUGCCAGCAGCCAUGUGACCGGAAGCCCAACUUACCGCUGCGCCUUCUCCACACCGGCCCCGACCUCGUCUGCCAGGAGGCCACGCUGUCCGAGUCCCGCCUCAAGUCGGUCAUCGUCACUUCCAACGAGAUCCACGUGGAGGUGGAGCGCAACAACACUGCCAACCAGAAGAUGACGGCCAGCGCCGGCAACGACAGCGAGCCCAACCUCAUCGACUGCCUCAUGGUCAGCCCCACCUGCAGCACCAUGAGCAUCGAGCUCAGCGCCCAGGCCGACCGCAUCCUGGGCUGCUAUGUGGAGAUCCUCAAGAUUCUGUCAGACUACGAUGACUGGAGACCAGCUCUGGCCAGCUUGCUUCAACCUAUUCCAUUCCCCAAAGAAGCUCUUGCGCAUGAGAAGUUUACCAAGGAACUGAAGUAUGUGAUUCAGAGAUUUGCUGAAGACCCACGCCAAGAGGUCCACUCCUGUUUGCUGAGUGUGCGGACUGGCAAAGAUGGCUGGUUUCAGCUCUACAGUCCCGGAGGCGUGGCUUGUGACGACGAUGGAGAACUUUUUGCUAGCAUGGUGCAUAUACUCAUGGGAUCCUGUUAUAAGACGAAAAAGUUCCUGCUUUCCCUGGCCGAGAACAAGCUAGGACCAUGCAUGCUCCUGGCCCUGAGGGGCAAUCAGACCAUGGUGGAGAUUCUCUGUCUGAUGCUAGAAUACAAUAUCAUAGACAACAAUGACACCCAAUUGCAGAUCAUCUCCACCCUCGAAAGUACUGAUGUGGGGAAGAAAAUGUAUGAGCAGCUCUGCGACAGGCAGAGGGAGCUGAAGGAGCUGCAAAGAAAAGGGGGGCCCACCAGGUUAACUCUGCCUUCCAAGUCCACAGAUGCAGACCUGGCUCGCUUGUUGAGCUCUGGCUCCUUUGGAAACCUGGAGAACCUCAGCUUGGCCUUCACCAAUGUGACGAGUGCCUGUGCCGAGCACCUCAUCAAACUGCCUUCUCUCAAGCAGCUAAACCUGUGGUCCACUCAGUUUGGAGAUGCUGGUCUGCGGCUCCUUUCGGAACACCUCACAAUGUUGCAAGUCCUGAACCUGUGUGAGACACCUGUCACCGAUGCCGGCCUGCUGGCCCUAAGCUCAAUGAAGAGCCUCUGCAGCUUAAACAUGAAUAGUACCAAACUCUCAGCAGACACCUAUGAAGACCUGAAGGCCAAGCUGCCCAAUCUGAAAGAGGUCGACGUCCGCUACACUGAAGCCUGGUGAAUUCUCUCUCGCUCUCUUUUAAGUUGUGACAAGAAGGAAAAAUUUGAAAACAAAACAACUUUUGACUAAUAGCUGUAGAACAGCCAAUUGUGGGGUCUUGGAUCUCACCAACCUGGCUGUGAGAUAGAUGGGGGAGACUUUCAUGGGGCAGGGGGCAGGGAGGGGGGGAGGGGGGGCGGGGCUUUUAAGCAUGCCCGGCCCCUGCCUCAAUCUUUUAGAUUCAUAAUUUUAAAAAUCAAACUAACCUGAAAAAGACUUUGUAGCAACAAGAGGAUUAUAAAUGGGGGUGGGUGGGGGGAGGGGGAGGGGAGAGAGGGGAGGGGAAAUGGGAGAAACCCCUUGUGGAUUUCUUUUGCUUUGGUGUUGAUGCUGUGUGGGAAAAUCAAAUUCAGAAUCCCCCAUCACUCAUAAUUCCAAUUGGCCUUCCUGGGGGUCCCCUUGAGGGACUCUCCAAACAAAUAAGCCAUUCAUUACCCAGAGAAAAAGUCCAGAUCAUAUCAUCAUACCUCUCCUUGUGUCCUUGCAAUUGUUAUGCAAAGUAAUUUUGUUGUACAUAAGAUUUAAAUAAUGCACCUAUUUAAGAAAUGGUUCACAAACUACAGGUCUGGGACCUGUCUUUUAUUUAUAACUUGUUGAUUCUUUUACCCCUUGGCGUAUAGUACUGUAUAAACUAGUCUGCUGUCUUGUUAUUAUUAUUUUUUUAAAGGAAAAACCCUCCUUGAAUAAUUGCCUUUUCGUAAUGGAUCCUGUAUGCUAACGCUCUCUUGUCAGCCCGUCCGUCCAUUCGUCCGUCCGUCUGCUGCCGUGUUUAUGAUUUCAGAAUGUCUCAAACAUCCUCACUGACUGAAGCCUGAAGACAUUGGGAGCAGGGAGGGAGGGAGGGAGAGGAGACCACCCCCCCCCCCCCCCCCCCCCCCCCCCCCCCCCCCCCCGAAGUCUCGUUCCUGAAAGAUCAGCCGUCUUUCCUUGCUCCUUUGUCAGGCUGGGGAUGUGCUAACCAUUUCCCCACCCCACCCCUUUCCGGGUAGGAUAGCCCCCUGCCAAGAGAGAGCUAGUUUCUGAUUUGCCUCUACCGUUCUCUGUUCUCGUCCAAGAUUUCAAGACUCCUAAGUCCUGCCCCACUCUGUCGCUCAGCGUCCUCACUCACGCAUGCCCGCUUUUCUGCAUGGUCUCUUGGGAGAAGAGCAGCCCUUACCACUGACCUGUAGCCAUCCCUCUCUGUAAAUGUGACCACUAGUCCCCAGAGCUCCUGGCCUCCCCACAGUCGCUAAGAAGGAAGAGCCUUUCCUGGGUGGAUAAGCAGUUGGCUUUUCUCCUUUUGAGCCAUGACUACAGAACAGCCCUUAGGGGAGGGGGUGCUGCUUGGGGGUCCCCUCUUCUGUCUGUUUAGAACGAACACUCUCCCCUUCAGCAGCUAUAAGAUUUCCAUGUAGCCGAGGUAAUGUUUUUAUCUAUCUGAUUCAUCUGACUCAACGGGAGCUGUGCUUUUUGUCAUUUUAUACUUUGCUAGGUAGAUUUUAUUACCCUGUGCGGUGCCCUCAUUUUUUUACAAAGAGAAAUUGGGUUACGUCUUAAUUCCUUUUGUGUGCCAGGUUCUUUGUGUUUUCCUUUGCCCCUCAAGUCCCACCCUGCACAAUUGGCAUCAGGUGCAGGAAGAAGAGGAUGACAAGAAGAGACAGUUGGCCACCUUUCUCCUUUGCACUGUUGCUUUACCCGAUGGUUUCCUACUUAACUCCUGUUCUGUAGCUGUGUACAAAGAGAUGUGAAAUACUUUCAGGCAAAAUAAACUGUAAGUGACUCGC